AAUCCAAGAAAAUGUUUUCAUGGUUAUGGAUACAAAUCUUUCUCCUCGCAACGACAACGUCAGCUUCGCUUCUUGACUGUAAAGGGGGCUCGGGAAAAAUUCCUCGUCUAGUUCCACAUCCAAAUAAUUGCAGGCGCAUAUUCGCUUGCACGGAUGGCAGGCUCCAGGAAUACAGCUGCCCAGAAGGUGAGGUAUUUAUUGCAAAGGAUGGAGAGUGCCGGAAGCAAGAAGGCUGCAAGAAAGUUGCUGUCUCAAUGCAAGCUUACGAAUCUUGUCCUGAGGUAAAUGGCCCAGAUGUUGUCUUAUUCCCGCAUCCAACUGAAUGUGGAAUGUACUACCAAUGCGACCACGGGGUUGCGUACCCCCGCCAGUGUCCUAAAGGUCUGCACUACAAUCCAAAACUUCGAGUAUGCGAUUGGCCAAAGAACGCUGACUGCAAAGCGAGAUUUCUUGUAAGAAAAUCUUGACCCUGGUUUCAAGAUGAAACGAAACUAUGUACUCCAGCUAUUUAUGGAUUCUAUUCAGGUAUCAUUCCAUCAAAUUCAAAAGAAUUCCAGAGAUAUCGAACAUCAUGUAAGAAAAAAUGUAUCUUAUUUGUAAAUAAAAUUAUUUAUUGCUGUGUG